AACCCUUCCAAAAUAUACCUACCACAGAGUGUUCAAUCUUCCUCUUCUCAAACAUAUUUACCGCAACCAAUACAUUCCCAAAGAUAUCACCCACAGAGUGCAAAUUUCCAGAGACACCAACCUCGGAGUAAACAAUCCCAAACAUAUCUACCGCAACCAAUACAUUCCCAAAGAUAUCAUCCACAGAGUGCAAUUUCCCAGAGAUACCAACCUCGGAGUAAACAAUCCCAAACAUAUCUACCACAAACUGUAUAUUCCCAAAGAUAUCAUCCACAGAGUGUGAAUUCCAAGCAAUACAAACAUCGGAGUAAACAAUCCCAAACAUAUCUACCUCAGACAGUAUAUUCCCAAAGAUAUCAUCCACAGAAUGGGUAUUCC